AAUGGUGACUUUAACUAUGCAACCACGUUUCAGUCAUAUUAAGACAAAGUUUUUGGAUGAUGGAAUUGAAAUAUACGUUCCAACAAAUCCUGAUAUUCCAGCCUUAACUUUAACGAGUAAUUUAUCAAAAUUCGACAAGAAUAGUCGAUUAGAAAUUGUGCUUUAUGGAGAAAAGUGUACCAUGUACGAUUGUGGCUUAGCAGGUCAGGAGUGGUUAGAAAAGUUCUUUGAUUUAAAAGGCUUCAAAUUUCUUUACUUUCCUUCGGAAGUUGGUAGUAGAUCAGUUAGCACCUAUAAGCCAAAAUAUCCUUGGGUGUCCACAGCUGGAGAUCUAACGGAUAUGGUUGGCUGCGCAAAUUUUGCUCCUUUUCUCCUAGGAUCGGAAUCUUCUUUAAAGGAUCUGAAUGAUAGGAUAAAAGGAGAUCCUUUGAAGAUGAUCAAUUUUAGACCUAAUAUUAUUAUCGAGGGAACCAAACCGUGGGAUGAGGACGACUGGGAAUACGUCUUCAUAAAUAAUGUUUGCUUUAAAAGAAUAAAGGAUUGCACAAGAUGUCCAAUGACUACGCUCGACCCUCAGAAGGGUAAGCUAAGAGAAGAUGGAGAACCACUAAAAACUCUACAAACGUUCAGAACAAAACCUGAAGAGUAUGGAAAUAAAACAAUGUUUGGCCUUAAUGUUCUAACCAAAAGAUCCGGAAAAAUAACAGUUGGUGACGCCGUUUACGUGAUUAGAACCUCUGAUUAUAAGAAAGGAUUUUAUUAA